UCUGCCUAUACUAGUGGAGUGAAGGCGUAUUUAGAGGGAUAACGAGCGCCACUGUGAGCUUAAAGACAAUCUGCCGCCGCUGCAGAGACCCGUCGUUCAGUACCGGACGGACACACGGGCCCCGGAGGACGGGACCUGGGACUGUGUGAGAGGGGUAAAUGGCCACAAUAUCUCCUGAGAGGAGACACUCCUGCCUAUGAGACUACCUGAACGCCAAAUGCGUCCUGGAAAAUAGGACGUUCACCCAGGAGUAAAUUAGACGCAUCGGAAGUUUCUCUGUACGAUUUUUCGGGAGAUUUAGAUUUUUGCCCGUUGCAGACAUGGACGAGGAUAAUCAAGUGCCCGAGGACUUGUCUUUGGAAGAGAGAGAUGAGCUUUCGAACAUACGACGCAGAAAAAAAGAGCUUCUUGAUGAUAUCGAACGGCUGAAAUUUGAAAUCGCUGAAGUAAUGAAUGAGAUUGAACAGCUUACCUGUGUUGGGGAGAGCAAAACCUCACAAAGAAACAAACAGAUUGCCAUGGGAAGGAAGAAAUUCAACAUGGAUCCUAAGAAGGGAAUCCAGUUUCUUUUGGAAAAUGAUCUUCUCCAGAACACCCCUGAGGACAUCGCACAGUUCCUCUACAAAGGCGAAGGGCUCAACAAAACAGUCAUUGGGGACUACUUAGGAGAACGGGAUGACUUUAAUAUCAAGGUCCUUCAGGCAUUUGUGGAGCUUCAUGAAUUUGCAGACCUCAACCUUGUUCAAGCCUUAAGGCAGUUUCUGUGGAGUUUCAGACUUCCUGGUGAAGCCCAGAAGAUCGAUCGCAUGAUGGAGGCGUUUGCCUCCAGGUACUGCCAGUGCAAUCCUGGUGUCUUCCAGUCCACAGACACUUGCUACGUCCUCUCAUUUGCCAUUAUUAUGCUGAACACCAGCCUUCACAAUCCCAACGUCCGAGACAAGCCCCCGGUGGAGCGCUUCAUUUCCAUGAACAGGGGGAUCAAUGAGGGAGGAGAUCUCCCUGAGGAGCUACUCAGGAAUCUCUACGACAGCAUUAAGAGUGAACCCUUUAAGAUUCCAGAGGAUGAUGGGAACGACCUGACGCACACGUUCUUCAACCCAGACAGAGAAGGAUGGCUGCUUAAAUUAGGGGGGAGAGUGAAAACCUGGAAGAGAAGGUGGUUCAUCCUGACGGACAACUGCCUCUACUACUUCGAAUACACAACAGACAAAGAGCCUCGUGGGAUCAUCCCACUGGAGAACCUCAGCAUCAGGGAAGUGGAAGAGCCCAGAAAACCUAACUGCUUUGAGUUAUACAACCCUAAUCACAAAGGCCAGGUGAUCAAAGCUUGCAAGACUGAGGCAGACGGACGUGUUGUCGAGGGCAACCAUGUGGUAUACAGGAUAUCAGCACCCACGCCUGAGGAGAAGGAGGAGUGGAUUAAAUCCAUCAAGGCAAGCAUUAGCAGGGACCCCUUCUACGACAUGCUGGCCACCAGGAAGAGGCGCAUCGCCAACAAGAAGUGAAGAGAGACAAUCAAGUCAAGCUCCAAAGUGCUCCAUGUUCCUCUCUUUUGGUUCAUGAAGACACAAAUGGCAUGGCGCUAAGUUGGUUCACUUGUGAAACUGAAGACCUGAAGACAAACCUGGACACUCUAUAAGUGAGGGGAACAUAUAAAUCUCUACAUAUAAAUCUCUACUGUAAUGUAGAAACCAGUUGAACCAGCCUGUUUGCGUCCUCUUCAUCUCAUUUACCGCCCCCUACUCAUAUCAAAACAUGUUUUAGUUGCCCCCUAAAGCACAACUGCCAUGUUUCAGGUGCACAUGCAUGUAUGUGGCUUAUUAUAAAGAACUAUGUAUGUGUUUUGUAUGUGUGUGCAGCAGUGUGCAUGUUAAGUUUGUUUGCAUACAGUGUGAAAGUAUUUCCUCCACUGUGCUUUAAAAAAAAAGUUGUUGAAGCUAAAAACCAGAGUUCAGGUGGAUGGCCAUCAACACCGAGGUUAGAAGAAUAGACAGGAGGAGGAAACAGAUGGACGCUUUUAAGGGAUGGUGGUUGUGGUUCAGUCAUACCACAGCUGGACCGCGGCGUCAUCUCAUUCUGGUGCUGAGCUCGUCUCUCCUGGUGCCCUGCUCAGAGAAGCCUCAAAAAAGGUGUCAAAGUAUAGACUGUGUUCUUUUCUUUGGGAGCAGAGACUUGAAAUGUGCAUACUUUGUUAUAUUUUGAUUUAGUAAUGGUGCUUUUAUAUGAGACUUCAAAACGUAGCCCUUUCAGAUCUGAAGUUGUAAUCCUUAUUCCCCAAUCAGACUUUUGGACACCAGCUUUUUGUUUUAAUAUCAUUGGAAAACGUGAUGCACUACGUUCCCACAUUGCCUUCAAACACAUUUAUCACUAUAGAUACAUAAUUUGAUCUCAACAUAAGCCAGGCUGUCAGAUAUUUUGAACAUUUUUGAAAAUACAGGCUCUUCAGCUCUCACAUGUCAUGUAAAAGGCACCUUUGUAGAUUCAGAUCAACUGUGAUUCAAUGACCUAAUAAUGACAUUGCACAUACUCAUGUUACAUUAUGUAGCAGGAUGACCUUCUGAAGAUCUUGAAGGUUUUAGAAUGAAAGAGAAACUUAGGAAUUUAAUCUGUCUGGUUAAUUCAACUAAUUAUAGCCAGGAUGGUGACUUCAGGGAGAAGUGAUGUUUCUACUGUUGUUGGUUUUCACACAACAUAAAACAAGAGUCCGUCAAAAAUAAGCACAGAUACCUCGAAGGUACAAUAGGGAUAUACAAAGAUAUACAAAAUCUUGCAUAGUUGAUCCCCAGGUUUAAAAAAUGAUAGAUUACAUCAUGCCAAGAUCUGAAAUAGUGCAAAAGUAGCAUUAAAUGAUUGGUUUCAAAACUGUUACAACCUUCUUUUACACUGUCCCUGUAGUCUACAAGCUUUAUAAUGAGAUCCUAGGAAAGUAUCAUAGACCUGCCACUUUAGAAACACCUAUUGCUUCACUCGAUUGCAGCACCGAAAACUUGCAUUUAACUUACCUGGCUCAUGCUUUGAAGACAAAUUAUAAUCAACAAUACCUGGCAAUAGCUGGUGCUAAAAUAUAUCAAGAGAUCUGAUUUCUGGGGUAUCUUAAAGGUUGUGAUUUCAAAAGCGCUUUCAUUUUCAGAAAGCCAUUUCGGUCUAAAAGAAGGGUUUGUUUUUCUCUCUGCAGCAGCCCAGUUGGUACCAGUCCAAUUAAGCUCUUUCCAGUUUUUUUUUUCUCUACUGCUUAUGUUGGUGAAGGUUAGUGUAUUGUUGUGAUCCUGUUUGCAUUUGAUCCUUGCUUGCUUUUGUGUUGCUUUAAGAUUUUCUACUUAAAAAUCAGCUAUCAUUUUUUUGUAUUUAUUUUUAUUCGUGAAAUGAUUUUAUUAUUACUUCCUGUAAAUCUUAAAUAACGUAUGCCUAAGUUAUGUAUGUGUACAUAUAUUGUAUAGGUUUUAGUGUCUUUGUUGUAGUAUGCGCACUAACAUUUUUGCAUCUUGCUAAAGUUUGGGAUCUUCUUGGCAAAAGCCUUAAACAAUCAUUUGAUUUUAAAAAAAUGAUAGAAGUAAUGAAGAAAAUCUAGGUCAACUGUGACAAAGCUGUUUAAAAGCCAUGACUAAUGAGAAAAAGAUUGUUAUAUUUAUAAAAAUGGAAAAGAUUAUAGUGAAUAUGAUGUUUCAUGUUAUGGAUGAUGAUUAUAUAGUUGAUAAAGAUGUCAAAAAACACAAAUAGUUUUGUAUGUGAUUGUAAAAUAAAAAUGUAGGCCUUGUGAAAUAAGGGCAUAAUUUUAUCUUCUGCUGCCCUAUGUGGGCAUGUGGUCGCAUUAAUUUUUAUAAUCUCUGUAAGAGCUGUUUGGUCACGUUGUACAUUACAUGUAUCUACAUAAAGUAUACAUAAAGCUUGGGAUAUUCAUUAUUGA